GCUGGCUGGGAUUCAAGAGCCCCAACUAUUGCGGUUGGCUAUGAAAUUCUCAAUUAGUUCGCUCUUGGCCGCCACCAUGUACACAUCAGCUUCCACAGCACUUGGCCUUGUGCUCGUCCUGCCACUGGCUUUGAUGCAGCAGCAGGACACACAAACCGUUAACUGGUUAGCCCAAAUAGAACUGGAGUUUCAGGACCAUCCGGACAAGUUGUCCUAUUGCCGCAGCCUUCAGGAACAGAAUUUCCAACAACAAUUGCAAAUACCUCUACGGCAUUCGAGUUGUGGUGAAAUUUUAAACCAUCAAAUGGACGUGAUGAGUGAACUGUUAAUAGAGACCGAGCCCCGUUGUUGGCCAGGUUGGAGAUUUAUAGGAAGACGUUGUCGAAAAAUGGCCUAAAGCAGAGAAUUUCAAGCGGAAUACUUAGCAAAGGACAAAGAAACUUUAAAUCAGGAUCAUUUAGGAUAGGCUUUUGCUAAAAGAAAAUGUAAAACAAAAAGGAAAAAUAUUUCCAAAAAAAAAGAAACACAAUGGAUGGCAACCGGUACACAUGUUCAUGAUUUUUGACUUGAUUCCAGGUUCUUGGCCAUAAAACUCAAGCAUCCAUCAUACACCCAUGUGUUAACCCUAAUCAAGAAACGGUUCCUUAUAUAAAUAUGUGUAUAUAUAUUCACGUCAUGUUGGCUUGUCAGCUCGCCUCGGGCAAAUAACAACAAUAGCCGACGGAUAAAGCCAAAAUAGCGUCGACUGCCAUUUUUGUUUAUCAACCUUCCGUAUGGAAAAAAGGGAAUAUCCAAAGUGAGCAGUCAAUCAA